AUGGCUGGUUCUGCAUCAUCUUCAUCAGUGAACAAGAGCCUGCCGUAUAUGUAUUGUCAGUGUGGCACCAAAAUGAGGAUUUUCACUUCGUGGACAAGGAAGAAUCCCGGUAGGAGAUUUGUGAAAUGCCGCAAUAUUAAAACAAGGUCUUGUACAAGCUUUAACUUCAUCGAUGACGAGCUUCCCAGUGAAUAUUACAAGGAUUUGUUUUAUGAACUUCAUGAAGAAGCCAAAAACUCAGUUGGUAGUGCAGAACAACAAGAAGAUUCUAAUCUCCAAAUGUUGCAAGCAAUGAAGGAAUUGACUUUACCUAAGCCAAAGUCGAAUGACAUUGACAAAGUAUUCUAUCUUUUGAUUGGAGUUAUUGCAAUAUUAAGCAUUGUAAUAGUGGUGCUGGUGUUAUAG